UUGGCCAAAAAAAAAAAUAUGUGUGUUUCCGGUUUCCCGACCGACCCCUUUUUUUCCCGGCCAAAUUACCGACCCUAAACUUUUUUUUCGGAUUUUACCGGAAAAAUUUGUCUUCUGCGUCUCCGGUUUCAACAUUUACAAAAUCAAAAUGGCGGCGACUGUAGCUGCAACGAGUCUGUUAGCGAUAAGAGUUAAAAAAUGCAAGCACAUUUCAGAGAAGAACGCAAUUUUGUGCCUGGAAAACCGUAGAACUCUUCUUGAUAUUUUUAUUGAUUUACACGGUGAUUUGCCAAAAGACUCGAGACUUUCAAUCGUUUGUAACAACUCGACAGAUCCAUCGAAAGGAACAUCGUUCGAUGUAUACCCCAAUAUGCUGGUAGGCGAUCUUGUUGGGACUUUUGCCAUUAAAAGAAUUGAAUAUUCCUGUUCAACGGAAGAGCAAACAGUAGCAUUGGGUGAAAUCAUAAAUAAUGCAGCUGAGGCGGCCACCAGUAAAACGGUCGAUGCAUUUCAAGUCCUCAUGGCGGGAGGCAGAAAGAAUGUUUCAUUGAAGACAUCAAGUUGCGGCGUUAAAGAUGGCAUCAGUAGAAAGGAUGAAAUUUAUAAUAAGCUGGUUGAAAACUUUUUCAAUUCAAGAAACCUAGAUUUUCCAAGAGCUUCCUGUGAACAAGAUGGAUCAUACUUUGUACAGGUUCUCUGCAAUGCAUUGUGGUACGUCACUAAUCAUCAUCAAACAAUAAAUGAUGCCUCACUAAGGAAACAAACUCUACUGCCAGUUCCAAAUAUCUUUAAUGACUACGAUGGAUAUAACGAAGUAAAAAGGAAAAAACUAAAAUCCUGUCCAUUGUCUGCAUCACUUCUUGAUAGCCAUGCCCAGGCUCUAUAUUCUUUACUGAUGAAGCCUGUGGUCAAUAGUUCAGUCUCUUGGAAACAAGGUGCAGAAGAUAUUAAGCAGUUAGCAGAAUGUUUUACUGCUUACAAAGAAUAUCUAGUUGUUCAGAAUAAAACUGCCAAGGAAAAUCAGAGUAAGUUGUAUCCUGUUCGGACCAUUGACAAAGAAGCCACCAUUGAACACAGAUAUGGUAAUUUGUCAGGUCAAAUUAGAGAGAAAUAUGUGGACAUAAAUGAAGCUGUAACCAGUGCUGGAAUUAUGGCACCAGUGGUUUUUGACGAAUACAAACAUUUGGAUAAGCCUUUUGAAAGUAACUUGGAGCGAUUCCGCUAUUUUCAAGAUCUUCAGUUGAAAUGUCCUGUUGAUAUCAUUCGUUUUAGUCCUGGUGGAUCGUCAGUCUCAACAGUCUGUAUAGUCCAAGUUUCCAAUCAAAAUAGAUCAAACGCUGAAAUGUUGACACAAGGUGCUCGAUUACUACAAACUGUCAGACCAAAUUUGAAAGAAUAUCAUACACGAGCUCAGAGACGAUUGUUUAAAGAAAAACUGAAAAAUGUUGCUUCUGUAUUACCAUCUGUUGCAAAUCUCAUUUAUCAAGAGCUGGCAUUGGAUUUUUCUGCAGCAGAACACCCUGUAACCCAAGAGAGACUUAGACUUAUUUUUCUUGGUCAGAAUGACCUCAUUCCUGAUUUAAGAGUGCUCAACCCAGGAAGACCAAACAACAAAUUUGAUAUUUUCUUUGAAACCUUAUCAAAAGAGGUAGAAAAGAUUACAGCUGCAGACGAUAGACGGCAUGGGACAGCACAUUUAUCAGAAUUUAUCUCAUUGGAAGAAAUGGUUGAGAAAACAGCCAAAUCUUGUCCAGAGGGCACUGAUAUUCCAUCAAAAAGCUUGGUGAGGUUACAAUUUGCCCCUAGGAACCCUUAUGCAAGGUCUGCAUUGAACUUUACAGGAAAGAUUGAUGUGCAGUAUAAAGUGCAAAGAAGACAGCUUCGCAUUGACCAUCCAGAUGAUCACUAUUGCAAUGCACAAUUCAGAUAUCUUAAAGAGAUGGCAAUUGAGAUGAGAGAGCAUUGUGCUUUAUUGUUCUGUGACGAUAAGGCAAAAGUGAGUAUUGGAGAACCUGGAAGUCCAGUUUCAACAGGUGUGAGGGGGAAGAAAACCAUAGUGCCAUCAAGUUCCACUUUAGUAUCUUUAGAUCAUGACAUGACUAAAGCAUCCUUGACCCCCUCAGUUAUUUUGCACUGUAAAAUUCCUGGUAGCAUUAAUGACUCAUUUGUCCGUGGUCAAGUAACAGUGACAGUUAAUGAUUCUGUUUUUCAAAUGUCAUCUCCGUUUCGUCAUGCAGUUUCCAUUAUAAAAGCCUUUGAACAACAGGGACAUUUUCCUUAUACAUUGCUUAAAUUCACAGAUGGUGGAACUGAUCAGAGAAAUACACUUGAAAGUGUGAAGUGUGCUUCAAUUUGUGUAUUUAAGGAAAUGAAUCUUGACAUGAUGAUAUUGGCAAGAUGUGCACCCGGUCACAGUUAUGUUAACCCUGCUGAGAGAGUUAUGAGCAUUCUAAACUUGGCUCUGCAAAAUGUAGCAUUAGAACGUAAAGAGUCAACAGAAAAAAUGAAUAAAGUUCUGAAAAGCUGCAACAGUAUGGCAGAUGUAAGAAAUCUUGCUGAGAAGACUCCAGAAGUAAAAACUGCAUGGAUAGAAUCAGUUGAGCCAGUUGCAUCAGUGCUCCGUAACCGUUUCUUGAGAUUGAAGUUAAAAGAUGAUCCAGUAAAGGCCCUAGAUCCAGUUAGUGACCAAGAAAUUGAUAUUUUGAAGCGCCAUCUUAGAGAACUUUUCCCAAAUCUUGAUUUGACAAAAUUACAAAAAGUGCACACAAGUAAAGUUGAGAGUUAUCAGAAGUGGAUUGAAACUCAUUGUAGAAGUAGACAAUACACGUUUCAAAUAAGAAAAUGCAGAGAUGAGAACUGUUGUCUUCCUCCACGCUUGAGAGAUGAGCAAAUGCAGUGGUUACCUGAUCCAGUUCUAAAUGAGACUAAAGAUCAUUACAAAUCCUACAAUGAAGUCAAAGGAACAGAAACAAAUGAAUCAGACAGACCUUCUUUAAAAGCAAAACCGAUCAAAGAAAAGAAACUGAACCUUAGAGCUACUGUGAAUGUAACCACGUCAGAUCCUGUGAAUGAUAUUUUUGAAGAAGAGGAAUUUGAAGUACCAACUCCUGAUGCACACAUUUGCAUUACACAAAAUGCAAGAGCUAUAGUUGAAUGUGUGGAGUGUAGAAAGCCACGUGUAGUGUACAGUCAUCACAAACUGACAGAGAGGCAAAUAAUGUCUUUCACUAUUUCAAUCAGUGAAUAUGAAUACACAUGUGGAAGUCCUUUAUUGCCACCCACCAACUCAAUGUCUAAAAAAGUUAUGAGCAGACUUAAUAUUAACUGUGACUCACAUGUUGAAUUAGCCUAUUAUGGAAGCGGCUUAGGCCAAGUAGAUAUCUGCUCUGUUUGUGCUGAACCAGAAGCCGAUACAAAUGCAGAAUUAAAAAAACAGUACAAAACUGUAUUACCGCUAUGCAAAACAUGUGAAGGAAAUGGAAGGGUGCCAUUUAUCCAGCGCCCCUAUGGAAAGAAAAACUAA